GAGAUGGAAACAGGAGCUGAUGGAGAGGACUGUGGAGGACCAGAACCAGAGGGGGACUCAGAUCCAGAGAGACGUUUAUAUCCAGAGACAUACAGAAAGAAAGCAGGGUCUUCUAGAACUGAGACCAAAGACCCGAGAGGACGUCAGUCAGGUUUCAAAUCUGUGAGAAGAAAGAAACAGAAAGGACUGAAAGCUGAUAAGAAAUCAAAGCGCUGCUCUCAGGGUCGUAAAACAUUUCAAACUGAAGCACAUUUAACAAAACACAUGGACGUUCUCAAAGGGGGAGGAGUCUUAACCUGCUCUGAGUGUGGAAUCAUAUUCAGUCAUAAAAGCAGCCUGGCCCGACACAUGAUCAUUCACAGCGGAGAGAAACGAUUCAGCUGCUUCCAGUGUGGGAAAAGAUUUACCCUGGCAGGAUAUCUGACCAAACACAUGAGGAUCCACGCAGGAGAGAGACCGUUCAGCUGCUCCGAGUGCGGUAAAGGAUUUAAUGAUAAGACCAAUAUGAUCCGACACAUGAGGAUCCACACUGGAGAGAAACCCUUCAGCUGCUCACUGUGUGAACAAAGGUUCUCCUGGUGCUGUCAGUUACAGAGACACAUGCGUGUUGGCUGUCCUUCUUCAGAGACUCAUGAGAACCAAACUGAGCUAAACAGAGAGUCAGAAACAGGAGAGGACUGUGGAGGACCAGAACAAGCCAGGAACUCAGAUCCAGAGAGACGUUUACAUCCAGAGGUUGAAGUCCAGAUUGAAGAGUCCUCUGAGACUGAUGACAGUGAUGAUUGGAAGGAGAGCAGAGAACAUGAGUCGUUCUUUUUGUCUGUGGAGAAUAUUAAAGACAAGAGAAUGAAGUCGAAGAAGAAAUCCCAUAAAUGUCUACGGUGUGGCAACAUUUUCAAAAACAUCCGGAAUCUGAACCAACACAUGAGAAUCCACACGGGAGAGAAACCGUUCAGCUGCUCUGAGUGCGGUAAAAGAUUUAACAACAAAGCCAAUUUGAGCCGACACAUGAGACUCCACACAGGAGAGAAACCCUUCAGCUGCUCUGAAUGUGAUAAAUCAUUUCAACAGAAGUCUCACCUGACGCUCCACAUGGCUCAUCACAGAGAGGAGAAACCCUUCAGCUGCUCUGUGUGUGACAAGAAGUUCAUUUGGCCCUUUCAGAUGAAAAAACACAAGUGUGCUGGAGGUCAGUGUUGAAGCUCCGACAGUCAUCGAUGAAUCAUGUUCUCUGAAAAAUAACCGACAAAGAGCCGUCGUCUCUCGCUGCUGUAAACACUCUGACCUAUCACUGUCACAAGGUCCAGAUGGAAAGAACCAAUCAAAUGGCUCCCGGUGCGAUCUCGACCCUCGCCGUACAUCGGUCCGCUCUCAAAGCUCUUCACCGCCGGCCGAUAGAAGACGAUAAAGAAGAAGCUGCUUUUGAUUUCCAUUUGAAGGAGUUUUGAUUCUAUUUAAUAAACAUCUGAUGAACGUG